AUGAAAGAGGAACUAAAACAAUUAAAAGCAAAGUUGGAGAGAUUUGAAAAAGAAAACAACAAAUUAAAACAAGACAAUGCAAGUUUGACAACACAGUUAAAUGAAUGUGUCUUCUGUGUCGAAAACGUAAGUGAGAAGGAUUUUACUUUUUACACAGGUUUUGCCAACAGGAAAACUUUCAAUGGUUUACUCAAGUUUCUCAACCCAGGUCAAAAUGGAGAAAAUGUUAGGAUGGACAGUACUGACUAUGUUGGUGAUGUACAAGGGAUGAAACAAGGCAGACCAAGAAAGUUGUCCCCUGAAAAUCAGUUUUUCUUGUUUUUGUGUCGUGUCAAGGUGGGAUUGUUUGAACAGGACUUGGCCAACCGGUUCUCUAUCGCCAUUAGCACUGUGAGCAAUAUUUUGAUAACGUGGGCAAAUUUCAUUUAUCUCCGACUUGGUGGACUGAACAUCUGGCCUACUAAAGAAACCAUCAUGGAACACAUGCCUGAAACAUUCAAAGACAAGUAUCCUUCAACCAGAAUCAUCAUAGAUUGUACGGAACUUAAAGUUGAGAUGGCUUCAUCAUUGUUAUUAAAAUCUCAAACAUAUAGUAACUACAAAAGCAGUAACACUUUGAAAGGACUUAUUGGGAUAUCCCCUUCUGGGAGUGUUAGUUUUGUAAGUCAGCUGUACACAGGGAAUAUUUCUGAUAGAGAAAUUACAGUUCGAUCUGGACUUCUGGAACUUCCGUUUGACAAAGGUGAUUCCAUUAUGGCAGACAAAGGAUUUGACAUUCAAGAUCUCUUGGACGAGUUAGAGGUUAAGUUAAAUAUUCCGCCAUUUCUAGGACUAUCGGGGCAAAUGACUGGUGAUGAUGUGAUCACAACCCAAAGCAUCGCAGCUGAAAGAAUUCAUGUGGAAAGGGCCAUCAAUAAAGUGAAGUCAUUUCAUAUAUUUGAUCAGGUCAUUCCUCUGUCACUUGCUGGUUCUAUCAAUCAAAUUUGGACAAAUUGUGUUCUAUUGACACUUUUCCAGGAUCCAAUCAUAUCAAGUCGAACUGACGAAUUAGAAGUUUGUUACUAUCUUGGAUUUUACAGUGUCACAAUGGUAAAUGAACUUGAAAAUGUAGAACUUACUGUUAAGACCUAUGCUUGCUAG